GAAACCCCACCCAGAGCUCUUCGCCUCUCCAGCUAUCUUGGCCCGCGGCAGCCUCCGUGCUGCUGGGAGGAAUGGGGGCGCUCUGCGGGCGCAGAACUCCCUAAGAUGGCGGCGGCGCUGGUGGGGCCGGGCCCGCGGGCCGUGCUUGCCCGCUGCUGCCGGGCGGCUGGGCUGGCGGCUUACUCCUCCGUGCCCGCCGGCAGCACGGGGGAAGGCCAGCAACGGGAAGCUUCAAUAAGGAGAAGAGGCAGGACAUCGCAGUUUGUAAGAUCGCAUGCACCUCCAAGAACUGAGAGAAUGGCUGUCAACCAGGACUGGAGCAGUGUUUAUCCAACAGCAGCUGCAUUUAAAGCUGCAUCUGUGCCUCUCCCGAUUAGAAUGGGUUACCCAGUGAAGAGAGGAGUACCUCCACCAAAAGAAGGCAACUUAGAGCUUAUAAAGAUUCCCAAUUUUUUGCAUCUUACUCCUCCUGCAAUUAAGAAACACUGUGCAGCUCUUAAAGAUUUCUGCACUGAAUGGCCAAGUGCUUUGAACAGCGAUAAGAAAUGUGAACAGCAUUUUCCUGUUGAAAUUGAGACAGUGGAUUAUGUUUCUGCAGGGACAUCUAUUCGUAAUCCCAAAGCAAGAGUGGUGACUCUAAGAGUUAAACUAUCUAACCUGAAUUUGGAUGACCAUGCAAAGAAGAAGCUUAUUAAACUUGUAGGAGAGCGGUACUGCAAGGAUACAGAUAUACUCACUAUUACAACAGACAGGUGCCCACUAAGAAGACAGAACUAUGAUUAUGGAAUACACCUCCUCACAGUUUUGUACCAUGAAUCUUGGAAAACAGAGAUGUGGGAGAGUGAGAAGACUGAAGAAGACAUGGAGGAGUAUAUCUGGGAAAAUAGCUGCUCUCAGAAAAAUGCCCUGGAUACACUACUUCGAAUAAAAGCCACAGAGAAUGUUAGUAAUGUAGCUAAGGAGGAGCUGCUUGCAUCUGAAGUAGUUAAGAAUUACAGAAACUCUGUAACUGCUCUUAAAAAUGAAGGUGAAACAGAAAGUAACAUGUCUCAGUAUAAGGAAUCUGUGAAGAAAUUAUUAAAUAUAUAAGCAUUACCAUGAAAGAUUCUGCAGGUACAUCUGAUUAUUUAUAGACAUCUUAAACUAUAGUUAAUAGCUCUGUAUGAUAUGGAUAUGUAAUUAUUUGGAACCUUAACCAGAGCUAUGAAACUUGAUGAUAAAUUCAUUUUAAAAGUAGUCAGAUAUUUCUUUAUUGUUGGAUUUUCUUGUAAACAUAAUUUUUCUGUUCAUGAAUCUUGUUCUUUGAAUAAACUAUAUUUUGAGUCAUAUUGGGAACUUGAACAUUCUAUUCUGUGCUUUCUUAGCAUGGGAGAUCCAGGCACAGUUCUGUAUUUAAUCACAUUCUGACUUCUCACACAACUUCUUGGCAUAUAGUUAAACAGUUUUCAAAAACAAUAAAAUGACUUAGGCUCCAAGUUCCAUUAACCUCGAGGCUCUUAGUUAAGAGAUCUAAAGUUUCUAAAUGUUUUCCAAAUGUCACUCAGUAUUUUUUCUACCUCUGCGCCCCAUCAGUUAAGUAAAGGUAGUGUUCCAUGGAGAGGUGUCGAAGUAUGCUGAAUGGUGAGUACUAUGCUGAGGUGGUGAGUACUGAGGUGAGUACAUUGCCUAAAUAGGAAUGGACUGAGUCUUUGUACAUUGAGGUGUGCUGAGUAUUUUCUUGAGCGUACCCAGGUUUGGCAAGGAAAAAAAGUAGCUUCCCACUCUGCUGUGAAGCACAGACGAGGAAAUAAAAUGGAUGCUUAUAUUUGGUAAUUUAUAUUUGAAAGGAAUUGGUUUGAAAGAUUAGAAUCAUAAGAAACUUCUAUUGCCUUCUCACAAAUAAAUAAAAAAUCCUUAAAAGUACCAGUGUGAAAGUACAUAACUCUGUUGCUGCUUUUAUUGUAUCUCCUCAGCUUGCUAAGAUUUCAGCUUAGAGAGAAAGCCUUCAUUUUCUGGAAGGGGUGGAAGGAGUUUUCAUCAGACCAACGGAUUCUGCAUGCCUUUAAAAGACCCUAGCAUGUGGCAUUGCCAGCAGCUGGUUGAGAGGAAACAGCCUUAGAAUAAGAACAUUAAAGAUGGAAGAAGUGAACUGAUUUUUGCAGUGUUUGGUGUGUCUUAACUUAUUUGCUGCUAAGGCUUCUCAUUGUUUUUUGCUUACAUAUAGCCAAAGAGUGUAUUUAUUCCCAUUUCUAAAAUAAUGAAAGUUUGGUAAGCAUUCUUUUGGAAGGAGACUGAGUUUAAUGCAUUUUUUUCCUUCCUAUGAAAAUUGUGCCUGACCUGGAGAUGCAUUUGAAAAAGUUGUGUCUUGUGAUGCAUUCAUAAUUCUGCAUUCACCAACUUGAUUAUUUAGUGGUCCUUUCAUUUAAAUUCUUACUAAUGUGCAUUUUUAUCAGAAGCUGGGAAAAGUUCCUACUUCUAUCAAGUUGUUCCUUAAUUCAAGAACAAUGGGGAAGGUGUUUAAAAUUCUCAUUUGAAAUAGUACAUCUGUGUAAUUUCUAAUCUUUCUUUGAACAGCCAUGUAACCAAAAUCAUUGAGGAAGUAACUGCAGUUUGACUCAGAGAAUGGUAUGGAUGGUGGAGAAGUACCUGGCUUUAGUCCAGAGGAGAUUUGGUUCUAGUAUAUACACAAGAGAAAAUAGUUUCCUUGAUUAGUUUUGUCGGUGCUUGCAUAAAGACGGUGUACUAGCAAGCAUAUGUAAUGAACUUCUGUUUGCAGUGACAUGUUUUGUACCAGAUGCUUGUGAGUUCCCCUUAGAGAUUGUAAGAAAUCCAUUACCCACAAGCUUGCUUUUCUCCAUAAAAACUGUCCUUAUGUACUCAGAACAUACGGGCACCUGAUAGUCUUUCUUGCUUUAGAGGGCAAUUCAUUUUUUUCUGUGUUCUUCAUAGGCUUUAAAUUGACUUAGGAAGAUGCCUGUGAAAGUUGUAGUUAAAAUAAGUUUGACUUAAUGGUAGAAAACAGAACAGCAAGGCAAGUUGAUUUUUCAGUUGAUUGCAUUAGUAUUUUAUUAAUGUGGCAGCUAAUUAAUGAAAAAUCUAAAAUAACCAGGAACUCUAGAAAGUUCCCUCUAAAGUGUUCAAGCAGAAUUUAUGUUCUACGUGUUCCAUGAAAUACAGACAGGAUAGAAGGUGUCUGUCUCCAAAGUGCCAGGACACUGAAGUGUCUACCAGCAAUAGUUUUGUUUUUUUUCCUCAUUCUGAGUAUUUACUAAGUAAGAACAUUAUUGAGACUAAUUCACUGUGUUCCAUAACCCUAUCCAACACUUGCCAUUAAAUCAGUCAUAGAUGCUGGUUUUCCAGUCAUACCUGGCUUAAUGACUAUGGCUAUAGAAUGCUUGGCCAGCUGGCCUCAAAAAUCUAUGAGGCUGACCUCCAAACUUAAUUUUCAAUGUCUUUAUCGCUUCCUCUUCUUGCUAAGAAACAUACAAGCAAGACUAAAACCUUUAUAACCCUGUAAGUGCCCAAUCAAGCUGCUAAAAUCAAAGGAAGUAUCAAAUUAAGUUAAAUCUGUGGUGUUAGCAAAUUUGUGGUGUUAACUAAUGGUUUAUGUUACAGUGCAGGAUUUGUAGUGCAGUGGACUGAAUCACAGGUAGGCUGGAUGAUAUUUUGAGCUGUCAUCUUACAUGUUUCUGAUUUUCUGUUUCUCCCUCAAAAUUGUUUAGGUGUUUAAGAGUGUCAGUAAUCUGCUGUGAUUUUUGUAGAACACCUAGAGCACUGGAAUCUUAAAUCCCAGUGCAAGUCCUCCCAACCUUAAUGAUGAUGAUACAGUGCAUGUUUUUAUGAGAUAAAUUACACAUCUUUAAUUUUCCUGUAUAACACUUGCAGACUACCUCACUGGAAACUUCCAUUGUAGUGUAAAUGCUGUGAAGAGUUAAGAGUAAUAGAGUACGGUAGUAAAUACAUCAUUAUCAGUGGUCUUUUUAUUAAUGUAUUUUAUGUUAUAAUGUAAAUGCAUCACCCUGAGGUGUGUAUCAUUAUAUACAUUUGUAUGUAUCAUGUAUAUACGUAUAUACACUCUAUACACGUAUGUGUAUGUGUGCAUUCUUCUGUUGCAAGGUAGUGCUUGGGGGUUCAUUACUUUUAGGUAGAAAUGUCAAUAGCUAACAUGUAAAUCAGGAAGCAAGUUAGGCCCCCCAGAACAUAAAUUGGGAAGCAAUGAGAAACGGAAAACCACACACAGUGUCUAGAUGCAUUGGCUCUCUCCAUAGGCAAUUAUUUUACUGGUGUUUACUGGCCAAGAGGAACAUGGCGUUAGUUCAUGACAGCUCUGACCUCAGGCAACCCUGUCCAUCAUAGAUUGAAAUUUGAGCCGGAGAGCUACUAUAUUUGCUUCUUUGCGGUCACUGUUCUAACCUCCAAGUAGCAGAUGUCUCAUUUCACAUCCAAACACUUGCCCCCACAAGCUGGAGAAGUAAGUUCCUUAUGGCAAGGAAAACAUAAGCUGUCUCCAAUGGAAAAAAAAA